CGCGCCUCUGACGCUCUGGACCUAUUGGGCUUCUCGCAGAGGCUCCAUCGCCCGUGCUGCUCAAGUGGCCUCGUGCGUUAUUAUCUGCGACAGAGCCAGGUGCGUACUUUAAGUCACGUACCUGUUUCUCGCGCGUUCCAAGGUUGAAUCGAACAGUCUUGAGAAGGGUUGGGACACAGAAGGGUCGCGUCAAUCGUACGGGAAAAUGUUGGUGGAGGAGUCGGACAAACUGGCCUUCAAAGAUUGGAUCAUUCCAAAGCUCGAGAAAAUUUCCGAUGCAGAUGCUGGAGUCCUCGCUGAUUAUGUGAUCGCAUUGAUCGCAGCGGAGGAAACGGAGGACGCAGUACGAAACAACUGUUUAGACGCUCUCUCCGACUUUCUUCAAGAUCAUACGGCGCCAUUCAUUGAUGAAGUGCUCGCUGCGGUAAGGACCAAGUCUUUCAGAUCCAAGAGUACCCCAAAUGGAUCCUCCAAACCAACUGCUCCAGCCCAAUCCAAGCUUUCCGCCGAUGCCCCGCCGUUCAACCGGCCGACGGGACCAGCGAACGCUCAACGGCAGAACACCCGCCCGUCGCGCCCUUUGGCCAGUCCACAGGACCAGCGAGGGGAGGUUCCACGGAAGAGGAAACGCUACGAACGGGAUACAAGUCAGCCGGCAGAUGGGAGUGAUGCGCAUUACCAGCGAGAGAGUAAUGGCCAGCGCCCACUGAAAGAGGUGGCUCGACGUGGGGGGAGGAACAGUCGAGGUGCGCUUGGAAAUGUGAAUCUUGGCCAGGCGCCGCCUGCUCUGCCUUCUGGAGCUCCAAUAGCUCCUGCGACCAACUUUCCCGCCCUUCCCCCGCUACCCCCCGGGUUUUCAACCAUGAACUAUACGGAUCCCAUGGCGUUGAUGGCAAUGAUGGGUAUGGCCGUACCUGGUAUACCUGGAUUCCCCUUCGUUGCGGAUCCUCGAUCCAUGGGACGAAGCCAGGCUAAAGGUGGGAAGAGGCGCUGCGAGGAUUACGAUACUAAAGGGUUCUGUGCUCUUGGGAGUGCGUGUCCCUACGAGCACGGAGGAGAGAUAGUCCUCCCCAGGCCAAACGAAGGUAUAUGCUGUCCGAUGCUACUCCUCUCCGGGGUCUUCCAGCCAAGCUUGGGCACCCCCUCGCGGAGAGGCCCAAUCUCGUUGAAGCUCAUGUCUAACAUUGUGGCAGAGUAUGACCCGAACCAGGCCCUCCUCGGUAUGGAGGCACUCGGGAGCAUUGGUGAAAGGGAGCGCGGCCAUGCUUCUGGCUCGGCCAGGGGAUCCAGGUCACGGGCACCCUUUUCUCAACUUGGCCCCAACUAUGAUCGCUCAAAUAGCACAAUCGUUGUCGAGCAGAUACCCGAGGAGAAUUUCAGCGAAGAUGCCGUGCGUGGGUUUUUCUCGCAGUUUGGAGAAAUCGUCCACGUCGACAUGCAGCCUUACAAGCGACUAGCAGUUGUCAAGUACAGCGAUUACUUUGCUGCUAGACGCGCAUAUGACAGCCCCAAGGUGAUCUUUGACAACAGAUUUGUCAAGGUGUACUGGUACAAGACAGCGUCGCUCGCAAAGCCGCCGCCUGACGCGGGUAAUGGUAUUCCCGGAGAGUCUACAGCUCCGGAUGCCUCGGAGCUCCGUAACGACGGCCAAGAGGAGGUGGAUCGCGUAGAGGUGGAAAGACGGCAGGCCGAGGCUCAGAAGGCGUUUGAGGAGAGGCGCAGAAAGUCACAAGAAGCCGCGGCGCGCAUGGAAGAAGUGGAGAGGAAGCUGAAGGAGAAUGAAGAGCAAACGAGGUUACUGAAGAUUGAGCUGGCGAAGCGGGCAGCAAAGCAGAAGGAUGCUACCGCUCUCGACGAAGCUACGCUCAUUGAUCAGCUCUCCUCCCUCCAAGCGGAAGCGCAAGGUCUGAAUGCCGACUAUGACACGGUCUCGGCUAGAGGGCGGGGACGCGGGACGGGUUUCCGGGGCAGAGGCUAUCCGCAUUCGCGAGGACGCGGGGUUGCAUAUUUCCGCGGAAGCUACCGUGGUCGCGGUUAUGGUGCUUCGCCCUUUGGUGGCGGUCGAAGUGGUGUGAAGCGCCUCGACAACCGGCCGAGGAGGGUCGCGAUUGUUGGAGUAGAGGCCGGCUCACGACAAGAUGAAGUCCUUCGCGAACAUCUUCUGAAUAAUUACGAGUAUGAGAGCAUCGAACCGCACCCCGAACGCCCCGAUACACAGGUUGUCAGUUUCAAGGAGCGCUACAUGGCGGAAAUGUUCAUCGAGCACGCAGUCGAGAUUCCUGAUAUCGGCAAGAUGGAGCUGGCAUGGGUAGCCAAUGCUGCUACGACGGCUGCUUCUGGAGCAUUGGCGGCGCCGGCACCCCCCGGGUCGGAUGGGGACAUCAAGAUGGAGGAAGGCAAGGCGGACGAGCAAGCCUCGGGCGCGGAGCAAGGAACUGGCGAGGAUGGGGUUGAGAAUACGGGGGGAGGGGAGGCCGAUUACGACGUGGCAGACGAUGAGGACCGCUGGAUGGCGGCAUGAGGAUGCUUUUGGGGUGUGUGGGUGAGCAUUGAUUUCAAGAAGACAUGUGGUCAUUUCCCGCAACUGCACAAGAUGAUGGGUAGAGAAUCUUCACCCUCCGGUCCCGUCUUGUAAGUACGGUAAUGUAGUCCUUCUGUAACAUAUCUAGGUAGUCGACAUGUGACCGUACGGUAAGGCUGGGCAGACAUGUGCAGACGGGAACGGGUACCUAUAUAGUACUCAGGAGUACACGGCACUGGGUAGAUUCUGUCACGUCCUUAUAAUUACAAAUAUGAUAUGCAGG